UAAUGAAACUCUUUAACGAUUGGUCAGUUCUCAGCAAUAUAUAUGACGUCAUAUCCCACGCACACUCUCUUUUUGCCGUGAGGUUCAGAACUCCAUACGGCGUUGUCUCGUGCUCUCCCAUUUACUCGUUACGCAGGGAAAGUGGUCACGAUGUCCGGAGGUCUAGAUGUCCUUCAGAUGAAGGAGGAGGAUGUGCUGAAGUUCCUGGCAGCAGGAACUCAUCUGGGAGGGACCAACCUCGACUUCCAGAUGGAACAGUAUGUCUACAAAAGGAAAAGUGACGGUGUAUACAUCAUCAACCUCAAGAAGACCUGGGAGAAGCUGCUGCUUGCUGCCCGGGCCAUUGUUGCCAUUGAGAACCCAGCUGAUGUGUGUGUCAUCUCCUCCAGAAACACAGGCCAGAGAGCAGUGUUGAAGUUUGCUUCAGCAACUGGCUCCACCACCUUCGCUGGCCGCUUCACUCCCGGUACCUUCACCAAUCAGAUCCAGGCUGCCUUCAGAGAGCCCCGCCUCCUGAUCGUCACGGACCCCCGUGCUGAUCACCAGCCUCUGACUGAGGCCUCCUACGUCAACAUCCCCACCAUCGCUCUCUGCAACACUGACGCUCCCCUCAGAUAUGUGGAUAUUGCCAUUCCAUGCAAUAACAAGGGACAUCACGCUACCGGUCUGAUGUGGUGGAUGCUGGCUAGAGAGGUCCUGAGGAUGAGGGGCACCAUUUCCAGGGAGCACCCAUGGGAGGUCAUGCCCGAUCUGUACUUCUACAGGGAUCCUGAAGAGAUUGAGAAGGAGGAGCAGGCUGCAGCUGAGAAGGCAGUGGGCAAGGAGGAGUUCCAGGGUGAAUGGACUGCCCCUGUUGCUGACUUUGCUCAGCCCGAAGUGGCCGACUGGUCCGAGGGUGUACAAGUGCCCUCCGUUCCCAUCCAGCAGUUCCCUGCUCCCAUUGAUGCUGCUGCUGCUGCCAAGGCUGCCCCUGCUACAGAAGUGUAUGCAGGUGAGAUGACUAGUGAGUGUGAUACAAGAUACUCUCUGGAGCUCGUCUCAGACGGGAAAGAAGCUAACAGCUACUACAUCCUCAACGCUGCUGCCCCCCAACAUUCAGGUCUCUAUGUGUGCCGAGCAGAGAGAGGAGAGCCUGCCUCCUACACGUACAGCGCCCCAAUGCUGAUUUGGGUAAAAGAUCCUUCUCCUCCAUGUGUCCUAAACCUCAGUCCCAACAGGACACAGUUCUACGAAAAUGAGUCUGUGUCAUUUAACUGUGAGGGGACAGACAGUGCAAGUGGUUGGAUCUUGAGAAAAUACAGCAAUAAUAAAGUUUCAAUGAAGACUGAGAGUCCGGGUACAUUCAACAUCAAAUCCCUCAAUAUCUCUCAUAGUGGAAACUACUGGUGUCAGUCUGAAUCAGGGGAGUUUAGUAAUGUUGUUAACAUGAGAAUAGACAAUAGACCACAUCCAUAUGUAGAUGUCUCUCCAAAGGAUUGGCUGACUGCUGGAGAUUCAGUGUCUUUGCGCUGCAGUGUGGGCCUGUACUCCUCAACCUCUGACACAAGGUGGAGAAUCCUCUGGUACAAAAUUGUUCCUUACAGAGAGGAGCUGCCCACUUUUACAGACAAACAGGACAGCUCUACAUUUUCGGUGGAGCUCCUCCCAGACAGCAGUGGAGAUGGAGGCUCCUACACCCUCAACUCAGUUGGCCCUGAACACUCAGGGGUCUAUGUGUGCAGAGGAGAGAGAGAACAAUCUGAUUAUCACACAGAAUACAGUACACCUAAGCUUCUCUGGGUUAUAGAUCCUUCCCCUAAAGCUGCUCUGACCGUCAAUUCCAACAGAACUCAGUAUUUUCAGUCUGAGUCCCUCUCACUGAGCUGUGUGGCGCAGGGCAAUGCCAGUGGCUGGAGUCUGAGGCAAUACUUAUACUAUUAUCCUCCCUCAGGAUUAUCUCUUUCAGGAUGUCCUUUUAACAACACAAUGACUUGGGAUCAGUCCACGUGUAACAUCAGCUCACUUGAUGUUUCAGACAGUGGAAUGUUCUGGUGUCAGUCUGAAUCUGGACAGUAUAGUGACGCCAUCAAAAUAACAGUGAAGCAUAAUCCUCGUCCUACGUUAGAUGUGUCUCCCACCUGGCCAACUAAAGGAGAUACUGUGACUCUGAAGUGUGCGGUGUCAGGAUCCUCAUCUGGCUGGAGAUUCCACUUUUACAGAGUCAUUGUUCCAAUUGAAGAAGUUCUCCCCUCAGAAGAUACCGACGUCUAUUCACAUGAGCUGAAAUUAUCAGAAAACUCUACUGAGCUCCUCUCAGACAGCAGCAGAGAGGCUGAAGGAUCCUACACCUUCAGCACUGUGGGUCCUGAACACACAGGGUUCUAUGUGUGCCGAGCACAGAGACUAAAUCUAAACUCUUACACUCAUUACAGCAACCUUAGGCAUCUGUGGGUAAAAGAUCCUUCUCCUCCAGCCUCUCUGGGUAUCUAUCCAAACAGGUCACAUUUCUUUCCAUCUGAGUCUCUCUCACUGACCUGUGAGGUGAAGGGCAAUUCCAGUGGUUGGACUUUGAGACGAUUCACAAUCUACAACAAAGUUUCACACUGUGCUUUCAAACAUGGAUCAGUUACUUGGGAUCAGAGGCCAUGUCAUCUAAGAUCCUUAAAGGCUGCAGAUAGUGGACUUUACUGGUGUCAGUCUGAAUCUGGGGAGUACAGCAAUGGUGUCAAUAUAUCGGUAGAUGUUGAAAAACCAACUACAUCUCUACGUGUCCAUCCAAACCACUGGGUUAUGGAAGGAACUUCAGUGACAAUGACUUGUGUGGUUUAUCCAUCACAGUCAUCCAUAGAUUGGAAAUUCUAUUGGCACAAAGUUGUUUCCCCUGGAGAAGGCAUCACUAUUAAAUCUUACAGAUCCGAUCAGGUGAAGAGGUUCUCUGUGCAGCUCCUCACAAACAGUGAUAGUGGAUCUACAGGGUCCUACAAGCUGAGCUCAGUUGGUCCACAACAUUCUGGAAUAUAUGUGUGCCAAGGAGAAAGAGGAGGUUAUCACACUGAGUAUAGCAGGCCUCAUCUAAUGUGGGUUACAACUCCUUCACCCUCUAGUUGGCUAAGUGUCAGUCCCAACAGAACUGAGUUCCUUCCAUCUCAGUCUCUGUCCCUGAGCUGCAAGGUGCUUGGGAACGCAGCUGAGUGGACAGUGAGGCGGUAUGCAUCUGGAAAGCUUUCAGACUGUCCUUUUAACUCAAGAUCGGGCACUUGGGCCGAGUCCACAUGCAACAUCAGCUCUUUAGACACAUUUGACAGCGGUGUGUACUGGUGCCAGUCUACAUCUGGAGAGCGCAGUAAUGCUGUCAACAUAACAGUUCACAUACCAGAACUAUCAUAUUCAUACAUCUCAGUCAGUCCAAAUCACUGGGUGACUGAAGGCUCUCCAGUGACUUUCAGCUGUUCAGUUGGAAACCCUUCUCCAGGCAUGAGGUUUCACUGGUACAGAGCUGUUCCAGUCAGUGAAGGAUUACCUUUAGUCAGCUAUCGUGGUCGAUUCCAUGAGACUAAAUACUCCGUGGAGCUCCUGUCAGACAGCAGCAGAGGAGCUGGAGGCUCCUACAUUCUAAACUCCUCUGCUCCAGAACAUUCAGGCCUCUACUGUACGUCUGCAGAGCAGAGAUAGAAGAUCUGGAUGCUUACACUGAGUACAGCCAUUCUAAGCUCCUUACAGUAACAGGUCCCUCUCCCUCUGUCUGGCUUGAUGUCAUUCCCAGCAGAUCCCAGCAUUUUGUAUCUGAGCCUCUCACUCUGGCCUGCAAAGCACCGGAUGCUGCAGGGGUCUGGUCAGUGAGACGGUUCACUGUAUCAAAG